AUGUGUUGGCUUGAUGGCUUAUACCUCUUUCCCAGUCGGAUUCCGCCUCGGGUUCUGAGGGGAUACCGAUUUGAUACUAGAGAGAGAGAGGACGAAGAAUGCAACGCAAGCGACCUCGAGUCGCACAUAGUCGCAGAUGAUUACGAACAAUGGUUGACCUUCGCGAGCGAAUACCUCGACGCAGUGAUUUGGGAUGGGCUCUUAACCAAGUCUAUAUCCACUAUCGCGUCAACGUCCAAUCCCGGACGCGUUGAACUUGGAGACGCCUUCAUAGCGGGCAGCGCGGCGAGAUGGGGCUAUGCGUCGGAUGAGACUUGGGAGACCCAUAUCUAUCAUGCAUGGACAGCCAACAUUUGCAUGCUUCAGCAUAUUACAAUUUCGGCUCACUCCGCUACAAUGCAACUCAGGCCACAAAGACCAUCCACCUCACACUGCAUCACCACGUCCGACUUCUUACUAUGGCUUCCUCUGAUUUCGACUAUGGCUUCCUCUAACUUGAAUUUGUGGAUGUACUCCAGUUCUACCCGACUGCGUGAUAUUACACCAACAACGUGGUUCAGCCCAUGUCUUAGUAUGGGGAUCGCUAUAGAGGGUGACAGCUUCAAACAGAAUUUUGAGACGAACAAAGCAUGGUUGGGAUUCAUUGAGCAUGAGGGGAGUGGGGUUCCCCAUGUUCAUGUGUGCCUCCAACGCGCAACCCCAGUGAUGCGCAUUACGUUCCACUUCGCACACUUUCAGAUCGGGACGCCUGUGUCCACGCUUCCCAGCGGGAUUUCCGAAAAGCGAAAUGUAAACAAUGUGGAGAUUGCUGAAUGA